AUGACUAUCUUUCACCAACCCAAAGCGUUCACUAUUCUCUUCAUAUCUCAUUCAUUUACUAUUCUCACUCUUUCACUUUCCCCUCCCCCUCUCUCUCUCUCUCUCUCUCUCUCUCUCUCUCUCUCUCUCUCUCUCUCUCUCUCUCUCUCUCUCAUAUUUCAUUCUCGGUUCCUUUCUCUCUUCGCAUUUCGACAUUUCCCUCCGAAUAUUUUUUUCUCUUUAUUCCAAGCUAGCCUCUCUCUUUCCCCCUUUUCACGCUGUAUCAUUUCAUAUCUAUCUAUCUAUCUAUCUAUCUAUCUAUCUAUCUAUCUAUCUAUCUAUCUAUAUCGGUCCUCUUCUUUAUUUCUUAUUUCUCAUAAAAUUCUCUAUAUAUUUCCAAACUCUCUCUUUCUCUCUCACUCCCUCUCUCUCUCUCUCCCUCAAAUUUCUUCUCGCCUCUACCCCCAUUAUUCCAACCACUUUCUGCUAAUUCCUAUUCUCAUGAUCCCUUCAUAUUUUUCUUUCUUUCUUUCUUUCUUUCUUUCUUUCUUUAUUUAUUUAUUUAUUUAUUUAUUUAUUUCACUUCCCGCAAAGAAUAUUUCUUCUUCUUCUUCUUCUUCUUCUUCUUCUUCUUCUUAUUAUUAUUAUUAUUAUUAUUAUUAUUAUUAUCUCUCUAUCUCACACACACACACACACACUCUCUUUCUCUCUCUCUCUCUCUCUCUCUCUCUCUCUCUCUCUCUUUUCUUUUUCGCCUUUAUCCUUCACACUUGCUCUCCCACCUUUGAUUAUCGACCUGGUUCAAGCUGUACUGCCUGUGUCGAUAAUCGACAAACAUCCGACUAUGAGGAAGCCAUUAAAACGGCUUCUUUGCAGCAAAUACUGCAAUACAAAGUUAUGCCAAGCGCCAAAAGUCAGAGACAUCUAAAUUCUUCAGUUCAUAUUGUGUCUAUUAUUGACGUCUCUGAGGCUGAAGGCCUUUCUUAG